AUGAAGAAUGAAGAAGUAAAUAAAAAAGUAGAACAUUCUACUAUAUUUUAUUAUGAGAUUUACAAAAAGUUAUCUAUGUAUUAUGAAUGUGCAGUUAAUGAAAAUGAAAGAAAAAACAGGAAAUUUUUUAAAAAAAAGAAGACAAUUAACGAAUUGAAAAAUAUACAAGAUGAAUUAAUACAAUGUUUUGAUUCUAAUAUAGAAAUUCUUUCAAAUCCAUUUUAUUUUUUAAAAUAUGAAGAAGAAGAUAUAAAUAAGAAUGAUUUAAAUAAUUACAUAUCUAAUACUUAUCCAAAUAUGCUAAAUUUAACGGAAGAUAUUAUUAAAUGUUCAAUUAUUUUAAAUAGAGAUGCAUAUUACGUUUGCAAAUUGUUUAAUGAUGUAUAUUUAAAAAUUGAAAAAAAUAAUUUAGUUAAUGAAAUUACAAAGUCAGUAUUUAUAUGUGAGAUAUUUAAAGAAUGCAUAGAAAAGGAAAACUUAAUAGUUAUGAUUUUUUUUGAAAUUAUGAGAUACUUAAACAAAAAUGAGAAAAUAGGUGUUUCUGCUAAAAAUGAAGAAAAAUCAACUAAAUAUGAAAAUUUCAGUGAAAAAGAAGAAGAAAAUUAUACUGAUAAUGAAUUAAAAAAAAAUGAAGACAUAAAAACAUCAAGCAUUCAAAGUUCAGUAUCAAAUAAUUCGAUUGGCAGUAUAAAUAAUUCAAAAACUGUAUCAGAAAAUAAUAUAAAUAAUAAAAUAAAUUCAGAUAGAUUUUCUUUAUAUGUACUAAUUAUGCUUACAGAAAAUGAUUUUAUAGAAAAUAUAUUUUAUGAAAUAGAAAAAAUUAUAAAAUUUUUAAUUAAAUAUGAUGACAUUUGUGAUAAAAUUGAUUAUGUAUUUAAUUAUAAAACUCAUAAAAUAAACAUCCUUUUUAACUUAAUUGAUAUUUUAUUUUUAUAUUUUUCAAAAUUUCAAGCUAACGCAAGUAUUAUAUCAAGAAUAUUUAAAUUAUUAAAUCAUUUAGUUUCUUCAAAAUAUUUUGAUUUUAUAUCAACUGAUCAUUAUGUAAAAGAAUUAGAUAACAUGUUAUUUUCAGAUAAAAAGAAAAAAAAGUUCUUUUUUAGAUAUUUGAAAAAUAUAAGAAAUAAUAAAAUAAUUUCACAAAUUGAUGAUUAUUAUAAAUUAGAUAUCAAUGUAUCAGAUUCAUCUUUGAAUAAAAUUGACGAAUUAACUAAUUCAAACAUUUAUAAUCAAAAUAAUUUAGAUGUUUUAAAUCAAGUAAGUAAAGAUAAAUUAAAUGAUUUUGUUACUACAUAUAAUACACCCCAACGUAAUAUAGCAUCAGUCAAUAAUACAUUAUUAAAUAACCAACAAAAUUUAUUAUCAAACAACUAUUUGUUAAGUAAUACAUCUAAUUUAUUAACAAAUAAUACAUCUAAUUUGUUAACAAAUAAUCCUUCAAAUUUACUCACAAAUAAUACAUCUAACUUAUUAACAAAUAAUACAUCUAAUAUAUUAACAAACAACACACUUUCAAAUUCAGUAAAUAAUCAGAAUAUUUCAAAUUUAAAUGUAAAUACUAAUAAAAGUAAUUUAUUUCAGAACAGCAUAAUGGUAAGUAGUUGUGAGGAAAAAAACGCAAAUAUACAAAAUAAAACUUUUGAUAAUAGAGAAGAAAAUUUAUUAACUCAAAAUAAAAAUCCUAAUUUAACUUUAUCAAAUAUUUUAAAUAACGAAGAAGAAAAAAGAAAUAAUCUAAAUGAUUUAACCAUUUUUGAUAUUAAUGAAAAUCUAAAGGAUAAAAAAUGGAAACUAUAUGAACAAUAUAAUACCACAAAAAACAAUUAUUUACGUAAGUGUUUAGAUUGUUGUGGAUAUUGGUAUAAUUGUAAUUGUAGUUUAAAUGAUUUUGAGAAAUCAAGUUUAACAUUAACAACACAGAUAAGUUUAUUAUUAAUAUUAUGCUUACAUCCUAAUAUUGAAAAAUAUAUUUACGAAAAAAAAAAAAAUAUAAAUGUUGAUAAUGCAUCUACUAAUAAAGAAGAUGUGAAUUAUUUAAUAGAACUUAAAAAAAAAAAAAUAAAUUUUGAUAACUUUUACAAACCAGAUAUAUGGAAAUAUAAUUGCAUGAGCUCUCAAAAAGAUUAUAAAAAUUUAAUGAACAUAAAAAAUACAUAUUCUAUUAGUACUUCUUUUAUAAAUGAAAAUAUAUCUUAUUAUUAUUUAUUCUUUACAAAAAUUAAUGAAAAAAAUAAAAAAAAGAAAAAUUCUAAAACAGAAAAAACGGAAGAAUUUUGGAAUAUAAACAAUAGCAAUGAUGAUGAUAAAAUAGACUCAAAUAUCAUCAUUUUAAAGUUUGUUAUAAGUUUAUUUGUAAAAAAUAAAGAAGAUAUAUUUUCUUCUAUCUUUGAAGAUAAUUUUUUUAAAGUUUCUUAUAAUACAAUUUUAAAAAAAGUAUCAAGUGCAACAUUAAUAGGUAGUCUAAUUUUCCAUUUAUUUCAUAUAAUUUUUUCUUUUUCAUUUAUUAAAAACUCAAGGACUACGGAUCUAUGGAAUACAUUCAUUGAUUAUCAUAUAACAAAAGAUUUCCAUUUAAAAAAAAAGAAAAAAAGUGAAAUUAUAAAUAAAACUAUAAAUUAUUUUAAUAAAUAUAACAAUGAAAAAAAUAACACAAAUGAAAUUAAUACUUCUAAUAAUAUCAUUUAUAUUUACAAAAAAAAAGGAGAAUAUAUAAUAGAUGUGUUGAAUUAUUUAAAAAUUAUAUGCAAUAAUUAUCCUAGAUUAAUUACAAAGUAUAUAUGUAUUUUAAAAAACAUUAUUAACAGAUAUCAUUCAAGAAUCAUGGAAUUUUCAGAAAUAGAUGAAACGAUUUAUCAUCAUAAUCUAGAACAGGUGAAUGAAUUAGAUAAUUCAACAAACGAUUAUGAAAAAUUAUAUUCAACAAAGGAAAAUAAAUAUUCCAGUAUAAAUGAAGAAAGAAGAAUGGUGUUGAUGAAGUUUAGAAGUUUAAAAAUGGUAGCAGAAGAAAAAAUGAAAAUUUGUUUAGAUUUUUAUUCAGAUAUUUUUGUCCAUGUUUUAGAUUUUGCAGCUGUUCUUUGUAAUAAUAUAUAUGAUUUAAAAAUUAUUGAAAAUGUUGUUUUAUGUUUUAAAACUCCCUUAACUGCUAAUUUAAAUAUAUUUAAUUUAACAAAAAAAUUAUUUAACCAAUUUACUUGCUCAUUAAAUGGAAAAUUUAGUGAAUUUUCAAAAAUUACUAAUAAACAGUAUAUAUAUGAAAAAAGAAAAAAUAACGAAAAAGCACAAAUUAAUCUACUAGAUGAAAAAAGUAAUAGCAAAUUAGAUAAAGAAUUGUAUAAAAAUAUGUUGAGCAAAGUUAAUGUAAAUUUACCAAUAGAAGAUGUAAAAGAAUUAGACUUAAAAAAUGAUUUUGAUGAUAGUUCUACCUGUUUUACGUAUCUCUAUUAUUUCAAAAUUAAUUUAUUAGAAAAAUUAUUUGAACAAAAUAAUUUUCUUAAAGAUAUUUUAAAAAAUAAUAACAUUUUAGAUUAUUUAUUGAAUAACAACACAUAUUUAAAUAAAUUAAUAAAAGAAAAUACAUUGAUUGAAAAACAUUUACAAGAAAAAAAUGUUUUUAAAUCUUAUCCUCAAAAUUAUGAUGCUCAAAAAAGUUUAUUUAUAGAUAAGGAAUACACUAAUUAUGUUAAAGAAGCUAACAAAAUUUUACAAGAUAUAGAUCAAAGUAAUACAAAAUUAAAAUCUUUUAUAAAUUUUAAAUCGUCCAAUUCUCUUCAACCAAGUAUUUUGAAUGACAUGCAUAAUAUAAAUCCAUUGAAUUUAUUGCAACAAAAUGUAAAUCAAUCAAAUUUAUUACAACAAAACACUAAUCAACCAAAUUCAACUCAAACAAAUUUAAAUAAUGAAUUAAAGACAUUUUUAAAUUCAUCAAAUGAACAAAAUACAUUAGCGAAAAAUAUUUUUAAUAGCAAUACAGUUCAAAAUAUAGUAACAGAAAAUUGUUCUGAUUUAAAUCUAAUGGAUGAGAGAUUACUUGAGAAAAUAUUAAACGAAGAAAAUUGUUUAAAUUAUUUAUUAAUAGAAAAUAAAUUAACAGAAAAUUUAUUAAGAGAAAAUAAUUUUUUAAAAUGCGAAUUUAAUAAAUAUAAUAUUGUAGAUUUGAUUUAUAAAAAUAAAAUUGGUGAAGCUCUCCUUGAUCAAUUGAAAACCAUUAUGCUAAAUGAAUACAAUGUAAAUGAAAUAUCAUCUUAUGAAAAUAAAUUUAGAAAUUUAACAAGAAGAAAUCAUGAUGGUUCUUAUAAUAGCAAAGAAGCAAUUAAAAUAUUUUUUGAUGAAAAUAAAGAUUCUAUUGAUUUUUUUAAAGACAAACAAUAUGAAAUGCCAAUAUUUAAAGAUGAUGAUUCUAGUACUAUUAAUGAAAGCUUAAUGAACAGAGCAAAAAUUAUUUUAAAAACCGAAUUAGAAUGCGAAAAAAAAAAUAAUAUUGAUACUAGGUAUUUAUUAAAAAAUAUAUUUGAAAAAAAUUUUUAUCCCUAUAAUUGUUUAAAAAUGUUAGAAAAGUGUCUAUUAUUUUUGUCAUCUGUUAACAAUAAUAAAUUGUGUUACUACUUACCUAUUAAUAAAAAUUUAUUAAUUGAUUACAUUUUGUUGGAACAGUAUGAAUGUAAUCAGUCUUCUUUGAAAGUAGACAAUUUUAAAGGAGAUUUGAAAGAUAACAAAAAACAUAAAUUAGAAGAAGAAAAUAAAUUAUUUAAAAUAAAAAAUAGCAAAUAUAAUAAUUUGCUUUCUUUAAUAGAUACUCAAAAGAUAACUAAUACAUCUAAUUUUAAAAAUGUUUUUAUUCAUAACCUAAGUAUGUCCAAUAAGAUUACAGAAGAAAAAAAUAAAAAUAUAAAACAAUAUAAGACUGUGCAUUUACUUGAUAUGCUUUAUGAAAUAAUAAAAACAAAAUAUAAUUCAUCUAUUGAUAUAAUUAAUUUAAAAUGUUUAUGUAUUGAAAUAUUAUGUUCAAGUUUUGUUAAAAAUUCUUCAUCAGCACUAUCGGUGUUAUGCACGUUAACUCAAAUAUUUCCUGAUAUAUAUAUAGAAGUUAUGAAAAGAUAUACUGAGGAAAAUGAACACAUUAAAAAGAAUUUAGAAAAUAUAGAUAGACAAUUAUCUAUUGGGCAAAUUAAGUAUGAAAAAUUAGAGGAAUUAUCUAAUAAUUUUUAUCCUCCAUAUUUUAAUUUAAAAAUUAUUAUUACAUUUAUGAAAUGUAUUAACUUUUUGUUAUAUAUGAUAGGAAUCAAAAGAAAAUUUAACUUGUCAUUAAGUAAGGUAUGGUAUUUUUUUAAUAACAUAGAUAAAAUAGAGGAAAUAGAUAAAAAAGUGAGAGGAAAAAAGUUAUAUGAAGAAGAAUAUGAAGAAAAAUUAGAAAAUAAUAGAAUAAAUGGAAAAGAAUUUUAUAAUGAUGAGGAUGAUAUUAGGAGAAAAAAAAAUAAUAAUAAUAAUAAUAAUAAGAAAUCCACCAAAUCUACUAUUUUUUUUGAUAUUUUUUAUAACUUUGACUUAUUUUUUGAAGAUCUUGAAAAAGAAGAAGAAAAUGUACCAGUAGAUAUAAACUUAAAUGAUACCAAAGAUGAUGUAUAUGAAAAUUGUUUAAAAAAAAAAUUAAUGAUAACAGAUGAAGAGAAAAAUAUAUGUAAACAUUUAAUAUUAUUAACAAAUUAUAUAGUUCAAAAUAUAUUUUAUAAUUUAAUAAAUAAUUUUAUUUUAAAAAAGAUAAGAGAUAAAAAAUAUGAAAAAGAAGAUAUAUUAGAUGAAGAUGUCAAAUUAGAAAUUUUUAUGAACAAGCAAGAAAAUUCUAUUUUUAAAAGAAGAUAUAAUUAUUAUAUUCAUAAAUCAAAAAAUUUAGAAUAUCAAAUAAUAAAUAUGCAAAAUGAAAUAAAUUUAAAUAAUACUUAUAUUUCACAAAUAGAACAAAUAUUAAAACAAAAUAAUAUUCCUUUUGAACCAUAUAUAUUAUCUCAAAAAAUAUUUGAUAAAACCCUUUCUUAUACGCCUAAUUUACAUAAUAAUACUUUGGAUCCACGUAUUACCAAUUCAAAUGAUUUAUUAUCACAACCUUCAAAUCAAUUGCAAAUUAGUAAUACCCCAUUGAGUACAUUACCUUCCUCCAGCUUAUUUAAUAAUACAGUAACACAAUUUGGUGAAAAAAAUACAUUAAAUGAUAAUGUUUCUAGUAAUUUAACGAAUACAUCUUUUUCUUUUUUUAAAUCAGACGAUAAAUUAAGUAAUACAUCAAAUUUAUUAGAAAAUAAAACAAAUCAAACCACUUUAUUUGGGACACAAAAUAAUUUAUCAAAUACUACAAAUAAUAUAUUUAAUACACAAAAUAGUUCCUUAUCAUUAUCAAAAGUAUCUCCAUCAAUAGAAAAUGCAAGAACAAAUUAUGAACCAUCAACUAGAUUACAUUCACUUUCUCAGUCAACAAAUGUGACUUCUGUUUUUCCAACCUCUUCUUUUAAUAAAAUGUCGAAUAAUUUAUUUAAUACUUCAACAAAUAAUUCAUUAAUGGAUAAUACUAAGCAAACAACUGGUUCAAGUAUAUUUUCAACAAAUCCGUUAAGUACAAAUGUAGGCAAUUCAUCUAAUUUAUUUACAUCUGUGCAAAAUCAGAAUAAUAACAAUACAUUAGGUUUUAAUUUAAAUCAACCUUCUUCCUCUUCUUUUAUGAAUAAUUCUUUAUUAAAUAAUACAAAUAAAACAUAUGGAAACAUGUCAACUUCAAAUACUUUAUUACCUAGUAGCAUAAAUACAACUUCAGGUAACACAAGUACUUCUUUAUUUGGUACUUCUAAUUCUCAAAAUAAUCAAUCAAAUAUUAAUAAUAUCUUUAAUCAAACAAACUCUUCAAAUAAUUCAAGAUCUUUAUUUAGUAAUAAUUCAUCAACAAAUUUUGCAAGUGGUAACAAUAGUAUGAGUUCGAACACUUUUAAUACUGCAAAUAAUAAUCAACAGAAUUUAUUUGGUAGUACUAUUUCUAAUACUAAUCAAGUUCUAACUACACCUAGUUUUGGCAGUUCAUCUAAUAAUUUGAGCAAACCAAAUCUUUUUUCUCCAAUAAAUCAAAAUAAUAUUUUUAAUAAUUCCAUGUUUUCAACAAAUAACUCAAAUUCCCUUUUUAACUCAAAUAAUACAAAUAAUAAUUUUUUAAGUAAUAUUAAUGCAAAUAAAGAACCAAAUCAAAGUAUAUCUACGAAUGUUAAUAAUCCUUUAUCAUCUAUGGCAUUUAAUCAGAAUACAAGUUAUAUGGGUAACCAAUCACUAAAUAUGUUUAACAGAAAUAUAUCAGAUACAAAUUCAUUUUUACAAAAUCAACAAAACACUAAUUCUUUGUUAUCAAAACCAUUAUUUUCAUUUUCAGAUAAAACUACAACAAUGCCAAAAAUAGGAAUGGGGGCAAAUACAACACCAAGUCUGUUUAAUAAUUUAGGAAAUAAUCCAUCUUCUUCAAUGUUUAGUUUAUCAUCUUCUAAUUUACAAAAUAAAAAUAUAUUUAAUAACCAAUCAGGAUCACAAAAUAUAUCAUCUUUAAAUAAUAGUAGCAAUAAUUUUUCUAAUUUAACUAAUAAAAAUUUUGGUAGUAUAACAAAUCAAUCACUUUUUAACAAUCAAGAGUCAUCUAAAAUGAAUUUAUUUACUAACAAUCCCUUUACUUCUAAUAAUAGUCCAUCCUUAUUUUCUAAUUUAAAUCAAUCUAAUAAUAUCUUUAACUCAAAUAAUAAUUUAUUAUCAUCCCCAUCAAAUAAUUUUACUCAAAAAUUUUUGAAUAAUUCUUUUCCUUUAAAUUUAGAUCAACUUAAAGUAUACUAUGAAGAUUUAAAAUUGAAAACUAAUUUAUUAAAUACAGAAGUAUAUAAAUACAAAAUAGAACUAAAAAAAAAUGAAUAUAAUUUAAGUAAGGAAAAAAAAAUUCAAAUAAUUAAAGAAAAUAAAUUAAGAGAAGCAAAAAGUAAAUCAGAUAUAAAUUUCAAAGAUAAUGAAAUGUUUAUUUUAAUUGUUUUAGUUUUCAUUUAUUUUAAAUUAAUUUUAAAGGGUCCAUUACCAUCUAAUGAAAAGAAUAAAAAAAUAAAUCGAGUAAUGAAUGAACGCUUUGAUUACUUGUGUGAUUUUAGGCCAACUAUGUAUCUUUAUGAGCAAAUUUUAGGAGAAUCUAAUAAAUUUAUGAAUACAUUUUUCAAUAUUAUAUUUUUAGACAAUAUUUUACAUGAAGAAAACAAAAACAUUGAAGAAAUCAUUUUAAAGUGUAAAAAUUAUUCAGAAUAUAUAAGUAUUUAUAAUCAAAAAAAAAGUCUCUUUUUAAAAAAAAAUUUAACUGAUUCAGAGAUGCUUUUAAAUAGUAAUAAUAGAACUAUAACAAAAGAAGAAAGUGGUGAAUAUAAUAUUUUCAAUACUAUGACUGGUGAUGUAUAUUUUGAAAAAAAAAUGCAAUAUCUUACAUGUUCCUAUUCUAAAGAAUAUUAUAUCUCAUUAUUCUUUCACAAAAUAAAAUCAUUGGGUUUUGAUAUUUUAAAAAUAUUAUUUGAAAGAGAUGUUUUAUUUAUUCAUAUGUAUAAUUUAUGGAAAAAUGAAAAAUUGUUGCAAAAAAAAAUAGAAAAAUUUCAGUUUGAUUUAAAUAUUGAUGAUACAACUAAUGAAAAACAAUCAUUUUUAGAAAAAGAAAUAAAUAUGACAGAAUCUUUAUGCUCACCCAUAUAUAUUCAUAACUUUUUAUUUAAAAAUAUUAACAUAAAUUCUAGAACAACUUACUUAAUAUUAUUAUUAAAAAAUUUCUUUAGAACUAGUGAAAUGAACAAAAUUAUUAUUUACUUUAUUUUGCAAAUUUUUAUUCGAGAUUCAAAAACUACUAUAAAUGUUUUAAAAAGAGACAAUGAAUCAUUUAACUUUUUAAAAUUUGCUUUAAGAAAUAUUUUCAUAUAUAAUUUAAACAAACAAAAAUUUAACAAUUGCUAUAUUAUUUCUAAUAGGACUAUAAAAAUGCAAAAUAUACUUAACAAUUUUAUCGAUUUACCAUUAUUAUACCUAUUGAAAAAUACAAAAAUCCGACAGAAGAAAUAUUUUUUAAUUAAAACGAAAAAAAAUUUAAAUAACCAAAAUUCAUCAAGUAAAGAAAUUUUAAAUACACACAAUUGGAUAUCCUACUUAAAUGAGCAGAAAGAUGAAGAAUGUGAAGAAGAAAAAGAACAACUAGAAGAUGAAAAUGAAGAAAAUAAAAAAAAUAGAGGGAAAUUUAAAAAUGCACAAAAUGAUUGGGAUAAAAAUCAAAAUAAAAAUACUAUUACUAAUUAUUUAAAUUACAAAGAAGAAAAAAAUUAUUUUCAUAAUAAGAAAGAACUUGAUCAACCAUAUAUUAAUAAUAAGCAAUAUCAUGAUAAUUCUGGUAAAUUUACUAAUUAUAAAAGUUUUGAUGAAGAUAAUGAAAAUGAUUAUGAUGAAGAUGAGGAUUACUGUUUUGAUGAAUAUGAUUAUGAAGAUAAGCAUGAUGAUAAUUAUAGUUAUGAUGAAGAUGACGAUGAGGAAGAAGAUGAUGAUAACGAACAAGAAUAUUCAAUUGAUUCUACUAAUAAAAAUAUAAACGAAAGAAAAAAGAAAUUGUUAAAAAAAAAUUUACUAAAUUUAAAUAAUGAUUUAUGUGAAAAGAUAAAUUUUUUAAAGAAAAAUGAAAACAAUGAUAAUUAUAAAAUGGAUGACACAUUCAUUUCUAAAUAUAAAAAUUUUAAACUCAAAAAGAAGAAUCAAUCCAAGUAUAUAUAUGAUUAUCUAUCAGAUAACGAUUUAAUAGAUACUAUAAAAAGUAAAAAAAUUUGUGUGUUUUAUGAUGACAAGGAAAAAGAAGAAGAGAAUGAUUCUUUUUCAUUUUAUAAUUUAAUUUCUGAUAAUUAUAAUGAUUAUUAUUCUAAAGUCGAUUAUUACAAAGAAAUUAAAUCAGUUGAUUAUAAUUUAAUUGGGUAUUGUAGUUCAUAUAAUUUCUUGCCUAUUAAUAAUUUUUACACAGAAAAAUACGAUUUUAUUGAAAAUGAGUUAGUAUAUAUGAGUGAUUUAAAAUUAUAUUUCUAUGUGAAAUCUUUUAAAAGGCAUGCAUAUUUUAGAAAAUUAUUAAAUAUUGAAAAUUUUGAACAAAAUAAUGAAAAUUACAAUAAUAUAACUUCUUUUGUGGAAGAAAAUUAUAGUAAUAAUAUUCAGGAUUAUGAAUUAAGAAAAAAAGAUAGAACUGAAAAUGAUCAAAACACAAAAGAAAAUUUUAAUGAAAUAAAUAGAGAAAAGGAAGAAAAAGAAAAAGAAAUAAAAAAUAGGAGUGCUAUAAAAACAGUUAAAGAAGAUGUAAACGCAAGUAACGUUAUUUCUUAUUUAAAAAACAAAAAUAAUAGUAAAAUAAAUUUAGUUAAUGAUUUAGAAAAGGUUGUUGAUAAUGAGGUAAAAUAUUAUGAUAUAUUUAAUAAAUUGAACAAGUUGAAUGAAAAUAUUUUAUUCCCAAAUAUUCUUCAUGAAAAUAGAGAAGAUAAAAUAAAAUAUAUAGAAUACAUCAAAAAAAUAGUAGAAAAAGAACAAAUGGAAGAUAAAAAAUAUAAGGAAAAUUUAUUACUACCUUUAAAUGAUUUAUUACAAUCUAAAAAGAAAGAAACAGAGAAAAAAUUAAAUAAUGAAUUAAGAAAAAAAAAUAUUUUUAUGAACAAUGAAUUAUGUGAAUGGAUAGAAUUAAGUCAUCUAUUGAAUGUUGACAUAGACUACAAUGAUUUAAGAAAUGUAAAUAAGAAAAAAAUUAUUAAUAAUUAUAGCAAAAUUCCAAUUACUAAAUUAAUUUUAUAUUUUUAUGAAAUUAUAACGAGAAAAUUUUUAUUUUUAAAUAAUUCGGAUUCUUUAAUAGAAAAUUGUGUUUUAUCAUUAUUAGGAAUAUCUUUCAUUCCAUCUAAGUAUAUUGAUAAAAAAAAUAUUAUUACAAAUAUUGAUGAAGGCUUAGAAUUGGAAGAACAAUGUUUUUUGAGUUGUAUGAUUAAAAAUGUUAUCAUCAAUUUUUCAAACUUUCAAAAUAUAUCAGAGAUUGUUCACAUUGAUUAUGAUAUUGAAGAAAAUAAAAAUAAAGAAAAUAAUCUAUCAUUAAAUACAAAUUCAAAAUUUUUGUUAAAAAAAAAUAAAGAUUAUUAUAAAAAAAAUGUUUUCUUAAAUGAUAUUAAUAAUUUAAGACAAUAUAAUAUAUUUGAAAAAAACUCUUACUUUACAAAAAGUCUUAAUAUUGUAUACAUGAUUUCAAAAAAUAAAAAAAUGAAAGAUUAUAUAAUAAGUUUAAUAAAUAUUAUGUGGGAAAAUAAAUUUAAUGUUUUUUAUUACUUAACUCAAAAUAUAAAUAUUGAAAAACUGAAAGACAUUGAGAAAAUUUUAUUUUUUAAAGUAUCUUAUCAUAUACUAAAUAUAUUUAUACCCAUUAUAGAUAAUAUAUUAAACAAUAUUGAUAAGCAUGUUAAUUGUUUUAUUGAUUUAAAUUUUAUUAAUGAUGAAUUAGAAAAUAACAAAUUAACAAAUGAAAAGAAACAUAAUUUCAGUAAUGAACUAAUAAAUAAAGAUAAUUUUAAUGAAAAAAAAAAUAUUUUUGAAUUUUUAAAUGCAAUUUUCAACUUUGAUAAUAUGCAAAAUUUUAUAACACACUAUAUUAAUAUUAUAAAAAAUUAUAAUGAUAAUUAUUUAAAGCAUUAUAUAUAUCAUUAUUAUCUUUUUAAUUACGAUUUUAAUUUUCAGAAUAUUUAUAAUUAUUCUAAUAUGGAACAUAUUCAUUACAUCAGUAAUGAACAAACUCAAGAUAAAGUUCACGUAUUAUAUACAAGUAUAAUUAAUACCAACGUAAAUUUUUGUGAUAUUUCAAAAAAUAGUACUAUUAAUAAUAAAUAUAUAUUCAAAUAUUGCAAUAAUACAAAUUAUAUACAAUAUAAACCAGCAGAAGAAAAAGAACAAAACUGUUUUAACGAUAAUAAUAAUAAUAAUAAUAAUAAUAAUAAUAAUAAUAAUAAUAAUAAUAAUAAUAAUAAUAAUAAAAAAUUUCUCAAAAGUUUAGAUAAAAAUUUUAAUUUUGAACAAUUAAAUGAUAUUAUAUGUAACAAAACACAUUUAGAUAAUUUUCUUAAUAAGUACUAUUUAAAUAAAAAUAGUGUAAAUAAUAACAAUAGUAAUGAAAACAAUAACAAAAAUAAAAUUAAUAAAAUAAAAUCAAAAUUAAGAGAAUAUUAUUAUUUGCAGAAAAAUGUUUACAUAUAUAAUAGUAUAAAUUAUUUAAAUAUUAAUUAUAAAAAUUGGCUUGUUGUUUAUAAAAUAUACAUUGAAAAGGUUACUUAUUUAGUAGAUUUGGUAUUAAAGAUUAAAAAUAACAUUAUUAAUAAAAAAAUAUAUUAUUUAAAAAAUUACUUUUAUAUUAUUAAUAAUAUCCAAAAAUAUCUUAAAAGUAUUAUAUCAAUAAUUAAAUCGUCCUAUUACAUCAAUUUUAAUGUUCAAAUUACUCCUAUUUUAUUUAUUGUUUAUUUAUUUAUUACUAUUUUUUUCUUUUCUCAUAAUAACAAAUUUGCAUUUAAUUAUCUCUCUUGUAUUAAUAAAGGAUUUCAUAAUUUAUUUAAAGAUAAGAAAGUUUUUAUUCUAAAAAAUUUUGAAAAUAAUGACGAUGACGAUGAUGAUGAUGAUGAUGGUGACAAAUGUGAGAAAGAAAAUAAAAUCAACGAGGAGGAAAAAGAGAAAGAUAAAGAGAGAGAAAAUGAAAAAGAAAAGAAAAUAGAGAAUAAAGAAGAAAAACAAAUAAAUAAAGAUGAAUAUAAAAUAGAAAAUUUAAAAUUUCAUAAAAAACUAAAAAUGUCCGAAUUAUUUUCAAAAAAAAUUUUAAAUAAAGAAUUUGAAAGCAAUCUACUAAAUUUUCCGAAAAAUAAUGCAUUUAUAUUAAAUGAGAAUGAUUAUUUAAAAGAGCAUGUUGUAAUUAAUAAGCAACAGAAUGAAAUGGAGAAAAAUUUUAAGGAAUUUUCUUCCAUGAAUAAAUUAUUUUUAAAUGAUAAUAAUAAAAAAAUUAUAAAAAAGAAGGAAAAUGCAUAUAUGAUAAAUACGUAUAAAAAUAUUUAUGAAAUUGAAGAAAUAGAUAAUUUAAACAAUAAUGAUAAAAUAUAUUACGAUGUACACAAUGAGUACUCUAAAUUAAUUUUAAAAAGCAGUGAAUUUUUUGACGAUUUAUUAGAACUUUUAAUCAUAUUAAUUACUAAAAAACAUCCAAUAUUAAAUAAGUAUACUAUUAUAUAUAUAUAUGAAUGUUUAUAUACACUCUUAAAUAUAUAUCAUUAUAAUUAUUUGUACAAUGACGAUUAUAACAUUGGUAAUACAAAAAAUAUGUUUUUAUCACUUAUCAAAAGAAUAAAUAAAGAUAUUUUAAAUGAUUUCAUUAGUACAUUAUUUAUUGAUUCCUAUAAAAAUUUUCUUAUAAAUAAGAAUUCUGUUAUUCCUAUAUAUUUUUAUAAUAAUAUAUACAAAUUUGUUGAUUAUAAUACGGAAAUUUUUUUAUACAAAAGUGAAAAGGAAAAUAUGAAAAAUCAAAAUUUUUUAUCUAUUGAAGAAGAGAAGAAGCAGAUAAGAAAAAGUUUUAUCUUAGAAAAAGAAAAAAAUUACACAGAUGGAGAAGAAAAUAAUAUGUUAAACAAAAAAAAAAGUGAAAAAGAAAAAUAUGAAAAUGAAUUAAAAGAAAACAUAAAAAAUAAUAACAAUGAUGAAGAUGAUGAGACAGAUGAAAAUAACGAUACAUUAAUAAAUUUUAAUUUUAAAAAUCAAUUCAAAAAUAAAAUUCAUUUAAAUAAUAGAAGUUUAAAUAUAUACGAAGAAGUAUAUUGUUGUAACUUUUUAUAUAACAAAAAUGACUUGAAUCUGUUAAGUAUUAAUUUAUUGAUAUUUUUAUUAAAUAAAAUUGGCAUUUAUGAAAUAGAUAUAAAAAUUGAUGAAAAUAAUAUAAUAAAUUUAAUAAAAGGAAAUUUAUUUUUAUUUAAUAAAAAUGUAGAUAAACAAAAUGAAAAUAAAAUGCUACACACAUGUUAUUUAUUAAGUUCUCUAUGUGAUACAACUUAUAUUAAUGAAUUUGUUACAAAAGAAAAUUUAUUUAGUUUAUUUUUAAAAAGUAAUAUUUUUGAUAAUUUAUAUGAAUAUAAAUUUAAUUAUUUAUCCAAUAGUAUAUCAUUUUUAACCUUCCCAACCAACUUUUUAGAAAACAAAAAUAUUUAUAUACCACUUCCAAUGCUAAUUAUUUCAUACAUAACUGUUAUAUUAAAAGUAGUAGAUAAAAAAGGGUUGUAUCUGUUUAAAAUUAUAAGCAAAUGGAUUAUUAAAAAUAUAAAUAUAUUUAUAAAUCACUUAAUAGUUAAUAAUUACCUUAUGAAAUCGAAUGAAAUAACUCAUGAAGUAAAUAAUUUCACUACUAAUAAUCAUAACUUAAUAUAUAAAUGUUUAUGUUAUGCAUCUACAUGUAAUUUUACCAAACAAAUCAAAAACGAUAUUAUUAACAAUUAUUUAGAAGAUUUCAACAACAAAAUGAAAGAAAAUAAACAUAAUUUAUUUGAUAAUUUAAAUAAAGAUAUGCAUUCAGAUAAAACAUGUUCAGAAGAAUAUAUAAAUCAUGCAAACAUUAACUUAGUCAAUCUAGAUAUAAUUUAUUCUAGUACUUAUUAUUUAUUAAGAUUAUAUAAAAAUUAUUUAUUAUAUAUUCAUCAGAAUUAUUUAAACCUAAAAAAAUUAAAAAUUAUAGAAAAAAAUAAAAAGAAAAAGAAAAAUGCACGUAAUAAGAAGUCAAAAGAAACUAGUUCAAUAGAAAAAGAAUCUGUUGAUACAGAUGAAGAAGAUGAUGAGGAGGAAGACGAGAAUGACUAUGAAGAUGAAGAUGAGGAUGAAAAUGAAUAUGAGGAACUUAAUAAUAAUGAAGAGAAAGAAAAUGAAAAAAAUAAAAAUGUAGAAGAAGAAAUUGAUAGUAUUUUAGAUGAGAAAAAAAUAAAAAAUUUCAAUAACUAUCAUCAUACAUAUGAAAGUAGUAAAAUGAUGAAAGAUGAAGAAUUUAUUUUAGAUAAUUCAUUAAGUUUUAAUUUUAACGAAAUAUCAUUAAAUAUAUGCAAUAUAAUAAAAGAACAUAAUUAUAUACUACAAUAUAUUAAAGAUCUGUUAAAUAUUUUAUCCAUAUUUGUUAUAUAUGACAUUAGCUUGAAAGAUGAAAAUGAUCUACUUAACAAAAACCUAAAUAAUUCUAUGCUCGAAAAAAGAAGAAAAAAUAUAAGAACACACAGAAUUUUGCAAAAUAUUAUACCUAAAUAUUCCAUAAAAUUCCAUUGUAUUAAUUUAUGUUUAGAUAUAAUUGAAUAUGAUAUUGGUUUAUAUGACGAAUAUGUACAACAAUCAAAAACUAAAUAUUAUGAAUAUAUUAAAAUAGUUUUAAAAGUUUUUAUGAAUACGUGUUUUUAUUUUAUAAACAUAAUAAAAUUUGAAAAUUAUCAUAUGCUAAAAAGUGUUUCUACAGCCUUGAAAAAACUAACCAAUAUAAUAUACUUUUUAUUAAAUAAUUUAACAUUAAAAGAAAAAUCAAGUGAAGAAGAUUCCGUAUUAAUGAAUAAAUUUAUUUAUGAUAAGAGUGGUUUGAAAAAAAAUGCUCAUGAAAUUACUACUGAGUUAUUUAAUUCAGAAUAUAAUGCCUUUAAUGAUAAAAAAUACUCUUCAGAUAAUAUUAAAAAGUUUUUAGAAAACAUUGAAAUUGAUAUUAAUGUUUUGAAGAAAAUUUUAACUUGCGUUAUUUACUUUACUUAUGCUAUGUUAAGCAAUCAAAAAGUUAAUAAAAUCAAUAUAGAAAAUAUCAAUUUAAAUCAUAUUAAUAAAAUUAAUUUAAAAAAAAUAACCAAUACUUAUUUAGAAAAUAAUAAUAUUUUAAAAGUUUUUACUUUUAUAUUGCAAAGAUCAACUCAAAUUUAUUAUCUUUUGUAUAAUUAUGCAACGCAAACACAUAAGCAAUAA